AGUCGAAACUGAGAUUCAACCUCAUGAAAGAAAACGGCUGUCAAAAAAGAAGUAAAUUCCACUUACCGACUUUCCCGGGAAAAAUUCAAAUCCUUAACCGUCACUUUUGUUUCAGGUAUUUUGCCACAGCCAGCUCCUGGGGGAACAGGUGGAGUCUUCCUUGGCUGCCCGAAACCAGACGCUGACACUGGCAGCCUGGCAGGGCCUAACGAAACAAAGCCUGUCUAAAUUCUGCACUCAGAGAUUCAGUGAGGCCCCUGGAGUGUGGGAGUUCAGGACAACGAAGGGGGCGAGUUCAGAUCUGCAACAUCACAACAUGACAGUUGAUACUCAAAACGAGGACUCGAGAGCCAUGAGAUUUGAGGUCCUUAAGGGUGCCCUUAAAGAUGGUGUCGCAGCACGGGUUGGUCGUCUCGCUUUUGCACGGAGACUGCCCAUUGACACACCCAACUUCAUCGGGAUGACUUCCCGAGGUACCGUACCGCAUGUCACUCCCGACAACCUGGGAAAGCACCUGCAGACUACUGGUGCAUAUAUGGCACUAGAGGACUUCAUCGAGCGACCUCAGCGAUACUCCAAGAGGACGCCCCCUAUUUAUGGGACUCCCACAACAUCAAAACACAACACCCGGCUGCACAGCUUCACUGGCAUGCCGCAGUCCACUACCACAGUCCUGAGUGCUCGCCGCAUCCCGGCCGUGUCCUCCCCUAUGGGCAAUACCAACGACUCCAUCUCCGUUUUUACCUCGACCGGCUUCCAGGCCCUCACGCUCAAAGAAUACCUUUCCGCCGUUGAGGCCCUCGACCCCGACGUCGCCAUUCCGCUAGCCGACCUCACCAACAAAGGUAUCGCCCCCAAUUCCAAGCGCGCCUUGCGCAUGGCCGAGCGCACAGACGAGUGGGUAGUCGAGUGGUUCGCCUCGCUGUCCGAGUCGACCACCACCGCAUCAUCAACAACCGCCACCUUCGCCCCCAUCCUCCCCGUGUCCUACCCCAUGCAAUGGGAGUACAUCUCCCGCCUCGCCGAGGACUACCUCCCGACAGGCCAACUCUCGGGACUCGCCGUCUACGACCCAGAUCUACUCCCCGACCUCGCGGAGCACGCCCCGGCGCUGCUCCCCCUCCCGCGGCUCUCCCUCUCCAACCCGCCCACGCCGCACCACAUCCUCCGCCAAAUCGCCCUCGGCAUCGACAUCUUCACCCUCCCCUUCCUCAACACCAUCUCCGACGCCGGCCUCGCCCUCUCCUUCACCUUCCCGCCCACCCCCUCCACACUCACACCAGCAUCCACAUCCACACCCACACCAACAUCCGCAUCCACAUCCUUGGAACCGACCCCCGGCCCCCAACCCCUCGCAAUCGACCUCUCCAACCCGGCCCACGCAACCUCCCUCGCCCCGCUCACACCCGGGUGCACCUGCUACGCCUGCACGGCCCACCACCGCGCCUACGUGCACCACCUGCUGUCGGCGCGCGAGAUGCUGGGCUGGACGCUGCUGCAGGUGCACAACCACGCGGUGAUGGCGUCCUUUUUCGCGGGCGUGCGCGCGGCGCUGGCGCGCGGUUGCGGGGAGAGGGGGCGGUUCGCGGAGGCGGCGAGGCAGUUCGCGCUGGCGUACGAGCCGGAUUUUCCGGAGGGGGUUUCGGAACGGCCCAGGGCGAGGGGGUAUCAGUAUAGGAGUGUGGGGGGUGGGGAGGUCAAGAGGAAUAAGGCCGCUUGGGGGAAGUUGGAAGGAGAGGUGGGGGAGGGGACUACGAGGGGAUAG